UAUUAUUGAUGACUUGAUACCUACCAUUGGAUAAUUAAAUAUGGCAUUAGGCUUUUAGCUAUCUAGCCAUAACUUAAUUCGAUAAUGCUUUUCUAAAUUAUUCGAAACUGCUCGGCACUAGAUCCCUGAAUCAAGCAUUGGCCUCCACACCAAAAUUGUUAUUUUCCAGUUAGACUUUUACUAGUAGAUGACCUAAUAAAAGUCCUCUACUUCAUAACUCUAUUAUUAAAAGUGAUUAAUCAUUUAAAUUAAAAUAUAUUGUUCACUUGUAGACUGUAGUAUGUUUUAAAUUAAUGAUGGCAGCUAGCUAGCUCCCUUUGGUUCUGCCAAAUCUGUUUAUCAAUCAUUUCAAAAUCCAAAAAUCCUGCAAAAAUUUGACUGUGAAUAGAUUGAGUUUCAUGGAUUUAUAAAAUCUGAGAGAGUAUAGCUUUAAUAGUGUCUCUGUUCUUCACUCACUAUGUCUCAAAAGAUUCAUCAAAUCUCACCUUCUCCUUCUCCUAUCACCGCUAAUCGAAUAGCCCCGGCCGUUCUGUUCAUCAUCGUUCUCGUCUCCGUCGUCUUCUUCCUCUGCAGCAUUCUACAUUUAGCGUUCAGACACUACUUAAAGAAGAAAAGGUCGAGCCUUUCUCCCUCAACGCCAGAUUCCGACAACCAAAACCCAGAACUUUCAGAUUCCGACACUUACCGGAGACAGCUCCGACAGCUGUUCCAUCUCCACGACUCAGGUCUAGACCAAGCUCUGAUCGACGCCCUUCCGGUCUUCCUCUACAAAGACAUCGUCAAAGGCUCCAAAGAGCCGUUCGAUUGCGCCGUCUGUCUCUGCGAAUUCUCCGAGGACGACAAGCUCCGGUUGCUUCCGGUUUGCAGCCACGCCUUCCACAUCGACUGUAUCGACACGUGGCUCCUCUCGAACUCCACGUGUCCGCUCUGCAGAGGAACCCUUUACCCCCCAGGGCACCAGGAGUUCAGUUUCGAGUUUUUCGCCGCCGGAGACGACGGAGAGAGGGAGCCGGCGGAGAAUGAUAUUAGGUGUGGGAAGAGAGUGUUCUCGGUGAGGCUUGGGAAGUUUAGGAGCAGUAAUAAUAUUAAUGCUAGUGAAGGAGGAGAGACAAGUGGGUGUGUGAGUGUGAACAGGAGUCUUGAUAACAGAAGAUGUUUCUCAAUGGGGUCUUAUCAGUACAUUGUGGCUGAAUCUGAUCUGGUGGUGGCUUUGUGUCCUAAUAGUGAGACUCUGAAGAGUAGUAAUGUUGAAGGGAAGAAGAUUAACAUGAGAAGUAAAGGUGAGAGCUUUUCUGUGUCGAAGAUUUGGCAGUGGUCUAAUAAAAGAUCAAAGUUUGCUAAUCAAGGAGAAACCAAUCUGGUGGUGGGUGCUUCCUCUUAUGCUUGUUCUGCAUCUGGUACUGGUAGUAGAGUUGUUGAUGGUUUGUCAUUGAAUGGAAGGAGAUUUCAAGGGCCAUGAGAUUAGAAAGGAUAGCUAAUUUUCUGCCAUUGAUUUAUUGAUUUUGAGUUUUUUUUUUUAAUUCAUUUUGUUAACACUAUACUGUAGUGGUGGUCUUUUGUGUCUCUGUAGCUGAACUGUUUGUGUUUUCUUGAGGGCAAUAAGCUUGUUCUGUGAUUUAUGUUAUAUGUGAUGGUUCUUUUAAUCCCAUGUUCUAAUCAAACUUUGUUCAUACAGUAAGAAAUUUUGGGAUAUCUAAUUAGUUCGUUAGUUUGAAGUAGACGAAGUCCCAUUUUUGAAGCUCCAUGUUUUUAAGUUUAAUGGUUUCAUUAUCUCAAAGUUUCCAAAUAUUGUUUUCUAGGGGGAAAAUAUUUAAUAAAUGAAUUUCAUUUAUAUAUAAAAAGAAGAAGAGAAGUCAAAUAUUAUUUCUUUGGUGGGGUUUUAGACUAGUAGAAAAUAUCCAAAAAUGGGAUGAAAUCAUUAUUGGUAGGGAUAAAUAAUGAUGACCCAUAAUUUGCUAUUAUGCUCCAAAAGAGCAUUAGAGUAAGAAAGUAGGUAAGAAACUCUCACGUUGAUCUUGGAAUUCACCUUCAUAAUAAUUUCGUCACGAUGAUCACCCAAGUCAGACAUUGUCUUCAAAAUCAUAUCGAAGGAAGUCACAUGAAAUUCCACUAUUUGAUGAGUACCAUGGGCUGAACAUUUGCUUAAAAAUCUUUAAGGAAGUGCUCAUAAUGAGUGUGGGGAUCAGGCAUGGCUCUGACGCAGCUGUUGCAUAUUUUCUCUGUCUUUAGUUAGACAUUAAAGGAUAAGUUAGUGCGGUUCUCGGCUUCGAUGAGAGUUGGUUCAUCUUUGUCUGUGUAUCGCAAAGCUCUCUUGAAUUGGCCACGGAGUGCGCUAAAACCAGAAUGAUUUGUUUCUAGGUGACUGAAUCUGAAGCUGAUUGUGUCUGCCUCUAUUUAAGACAAGGAAACAUUCUCCGCUAAGAAAACAACCAAACAUCCCAAAGGAUUUAUCCGUAACCGCACGAAUAAGCCUUCUUCUUGUUGCUCUAGCUCGUCUCCGGUAGGAAUCAGAGGUGGUCUGACUGGUUUCAAAUGCUUUUGAUCAGGAACGGCUUUGUACAUUUCUUGAUCCUAUGUAAACACACAUGUACAACAGCCAAAAAUGUUGGUUACAGCAAACAUAUAGUAACAGACUGCAGAAGAUGUGAGGAUGCGACUGGAACUUACAGUAUGAUAUGAAACGAUAGUUAUAUUGCCAUAGAGCCAGCGUAUAACCAACUUUUAUAACGCCAAAGAUACCAUAAAUGGUUUGGUGAUCACUUUACGAUUUUAAUGCCAACUUAUCCAUUUGGUUACUCCGUUUCCGUGUUAAAUACAAACAACCAUAGAGAGACUUCAAAAGAUAUUCUAUACAAAGAGAAUGAACACUCCAAUUCUAAAAAAA